CGUCCGUGGGCGUCUUCAGUCUUCACCACUUCGCGUCUUCGCCUACAUCUUGCUUUGUCGCCGAAUGUACAAAAUAUUAAAGAAAAGCGGGUGCAUGCGUAUACAAUGUUCCUUUGAAAAACGAUGUCACCGGCUUCUGCCAACAAGUAGGCAUCAGUGGCACAUCACCCAACUACUUGUCCUCAUCCCACUGCGGUGCUAUAUCCGGUGCUUAAUUCGAUUGCCAAUUCCUACCAAGUCGCUAAUCGCCAUGAGCGCGUGCUUUAGGACGCAUAAAUAUGCAGCGUAAUCCCAGUGCAAAGCUCAUGUAAACCUCAUACAAGCUAUGAAGCGGCUCGUGGCGUUGCUGGUACUGAUCGCGCUCCCGGUGCGCGCGGUGCCUGUCUCCGGUGCCGGCGUCGUGGCGCUGCUCACGCACGCCGACGCCGGCCGCGGCCUCGCGAGCGCCGAGCUCGUGCGGCGAAUGGCGCACCGGACCAGGGCGCGCCGCCGGCUCCUGUCCUCGCACAGGCGCCCGGCGCGCGCGCGGGUGCGCGCAGGGCUCGGCGCCGGCGGCGGGAUUGCGACGAACGAGUACCUGGUGCGCCUGGCGGUCGGCACGCCGCGGCGGCCCGUGGCGCUCACGCUCGACACCGGUAGCGACCUCGUCUGGACGCAGUGCGCGCCCUGCCGCGACUGCUUCGACCAGGACCUCCCGGUCCUGGACCCCGCUGCGUCCUCCACGUACGCCGCGCUCCCCUGCGGCGCGGCGCGGUGCCGCGCGCUCCCGUUCACGUCGUGCGGGGUCCGAACCUUGGGUAACCACCGGAGCUGCAUCUACGCCUACCACUACGGCGACAAGUCGCUCACCGUCGGCGAGAUCGCCACCGACCGCUUCACCUUCGGGGACAGCGGCGGCAGUGGCGAGAGCCUCCACACGAGGCGCCUGACCUUCGGCUGCGGCCACCUCAACAAGGGCGUGUUCCAGUCGAACGAGACCGGCAUUGCCGGCUUCGGCAGGGGGAGGUGGUCGCUCCCCUCCCAGCUCAACGUCACAAGCUUCUCCUACUGCUUCACCUCCAUGUUCGAGUCCAAGAGCAGCCUCGUCACUCUCGGCGGCUCGCCAGCCGCGCUCUACAGCCACGCGCACAGCGGCGAGGUCCGGACCACCCCGAUCCUCAAGAACCCGUCGCAGCCGUCGCUCUACUUCCUCUCGCUGAAGGGCAUCUCCGUGGGCAAGACACGGCUGCCGGUCCCGGAGACCAAGUUCCGGUCGACGAUCAUCGACUCAGGCGCGUCGAUCACGACGCUUCCCGAGGAAGUGUACGAGGCCGUGAAGGCGGAGUUCGCGGCGCAGGUCGGGCUGCCGCCCAGCGGUGUCGAGGGGUCUGCGCUCGACCUCUGCUUCGCGCUCCCCGUGACGGCGCUCUGGCGCCGCCCCGCCGUGCCGUCGCUGACGCUGCACCUGGAGGGCGCCGACUGGGAGCUGCCCCGCAGCAACUACGUGUUCGAGGACCUCGGCGCGCGCGUGAUGUGCAUCGUGCUGGAUGCGGCGCCCGGGGAGCAGACCGUAAUCGGCAAUUUCCAGCAGCAGAACACGCACGUCGUGUAUGACCUCGAGAACGACCGGUUGUCCUUCGCCCCGGCAAGGUGCGACAGGCUCGUAGCUUCACUGUAGUCACUAAUAGUGUUUGUACAAAGAAAAGGUAGAUGUCUUUAGUACGGAAAAUACUGGGUGAAAAAAGUAGUUUUCCAUAGUGACGGUAGAAGAUGGAAAGCAACACAGGAAACUUUUGCGUGCAAUUUGUCACGUCCUUUCAGAUUA